AUUAGAUUCAGUGUUUAUGCGCAUGCGCUUUUGCGUCUAUAAUUUCCUCUUUCCUGGAACGGAUUGUAAACUAACGUUACUGGAGUACAGUGAUAUUAGUUUUUAUCUCACAGUCUGUUGUUGCUCAUAAAGAGGAUUUCGAGUGUCUUUUAUGAGUAAUCAAAGGCAGCAGAAGCCUACGCUAACAGGCCAGCGUUUCAAAACCCGAAAAAGAGAUGAAAAGGAGAGAUUUGACCCUUCACAGUUUCAGGAAAGCAUCGUACAAGGUCUGAACCAAUCCGGCACUGAUUUGGAAGCUGUCGCAAAGUUCCUUGAUGCCUCUGGCGCCAAGCUUGAUUACCGACGCUAUGCUGAGGUUCUAUUCGACAUCCUGGUGGCUGGUGGAAUGCUGGAACCAGGGGGUACCAUGUCAGGUGAUGCGAUCUGCACUGAGUUCUGUCUCUUCAAAGCACAAGAGGACAUUGAGACUAUGAAGGCGUAUGCCCAGGUUUUUAACAAGCUCAUCAGGCGUUACAAAUACUUGGAGAAAGGGUUUGAGGAGGAAAUUAAAAAGCUGCUGCUGUUUCUCAAGGGCUUCACAGAGUCUGAGCGCAACAAGCUAGCCAUGCUAACAGGAAUUCUGCUGGCCAACGGCAAUCUCUCUGCGGCCAUUCUUAGCAGCCUCUUCAACGAGAACCUAGUCAAAGAAGGUGUUUCAGCGAGCUUUGCUGUAAAACUCUUCAAAUCCUGGCUUUCUGAAAAAGACAUCAGCUCUGUUUCUGCCAGUCUCCGAAAGGUUGGCAUGGACAGCAGGCUCAUGGAGCUGUUCCCUGCCAACAAGCGCAGUUGUGAGCACUUCUCAAAGUACUUCUCAGACGCCGGACUGAAGGAGCUUUCGGACUUUGCCAGAAACCAGCAGUCCAUAGGUGCCCGCAAGGAGCUGCAGAAAGAGCUUGAGGAGCAGAUGUCACGUGGGGACCCCCUCAAAGACAUCAUCGCCUACGUCGGAGAGGAAAUCAAGAAGAACAACAUCUCGGAGCAGACGAUGAUCGCACUAAUUUGGGCCAGUGUAAUGAGCUCCGUGGAGUGGAACAAGAAGGAGGAGCUGGUCACCGAACAAGCCAUCAAACUUUUAAAGCAAUACAGCCCACUGUUGAAGGCUUUCACCACCCAGGGCCUCUCUGAACUCACUCUCCUGCUGAGGAUCCAGGAGUACUGUUAUGACAACAUCCACUUCAUGAAGGCCUUCCAGAAAAUUGUUGUGCUGCUCUACAAAGCGAAUGUCUUGAGUGAGGAGGCAAUUCUGAAGUGGUACAAUGAAACCCACGUUGCCAAAGGAAAGAGCGUUUUCCUUGAACAGAUGAAGAAGUUUGUAGAAUGGCUCAAAAAUGCAGAGGAAGAGUCCGAGUCUGAGGAAGAGGAAGCAGACUGAGGACCUCUAGCUAAACCUACCAUCUUGAUUUGUAUUUUUACAUCAACAUAGCACCAGGUGCAGUAGAAGGACUUACAGAAGUCUGUCUGUAUUUAGAUGUUUCCUUCUCUAUUCCCUACUUCCUAAUAUAUAGUUCAACUGUAAAGUAAGGGCUUUAAUAUUCUUUUAAUUAUCAACAUGUUUUUCAUUGUUUCAAUACUUGUGCUCUUUACUCCCUCAGGAGCCGGUCACAGUGCUAAAUAGAUUGAAACCCCUUUCAUGUAAAAAGGGGGCUUUUUUGGACAGAUUGUUUCCUUUAAAAUGUGCCAGUUUGUAGGCAUAUUUUACAGCUAUUGCAUUUAGUCAUGGCACUCUUAUUUGCCAGAGGUCCAUCUGUUUAGCCAUGAUAUCUUGGUCCUCUCAAAGGCAAACAGUUUUUUGUAACUUCAUUAUACAGUUCUGCCAAUUAUGUGACAACUUGGAAUUGUUUGCCAGUUUUUAGAUUCCGUCUCCGUUAUUGGUGAUGGAGAUGUGCCAUUUCAAACAUGCAAUGCCCCAUAAAAUGAACUUUAAUUGUUCUCUAUAUCGUGUGUAACAGAACCAUGCAAGCAUUGUAUUUUUUUUCCCCUUUACCAUACAGUUUAAAAUAAAGGGAAAUUAAUGGUUUUUA